AAUAAUCAUCUAGUCGAUUUCGAGCCAGCCAGCUGUGUAAUGAUUAAGGUAAAAUAACUGCAGAGCCAAAUAUGCCUCGAAAUAUAGAUUGAAUGACACAAAUCUUAGUUGGCUGUCGGAUGUUUUAUCUCCAUAGACCCGAAACGGAUUUCUUUAGAAGGAGAUCCAUAAUCUUCAUACAUAUACAGCUUCUCGAACGUUAGAAUAAAGAGGCCAUUGCAGCAGCAGACGGGACAAGGGCCAGGCUGGGAAAAACCCCCAUGCAUAGCUAGAUCAACGUGAAUGUGAACAGUGCAGUGUGUGGAAGAGCAAAAUGGCGAGUGUUGCUUUGAAAAGCGAGACGACAAGGCUGGGUUUAGCCAACAAGAACUAUGGACGCUCUUAUGGUGCUACAAUGAAAUCACAACAAGAGACAUUUAUCCAACAUGAUAUACAACCAGGAGAAACGCUCCAGGGAAUUUCCAUUAAAUAUGCAGUGCCGGUUGAACAAAUCAAAAGGGCAAACAAGUUAUUCAACAAUGAUAUCUUCAUGAGAAAAUCCCUCAGUAUACCAGUGGGAGACCAACCCUUGCCAGCCAAUGUAUUAGAGAAUGCCACUGCCACAGCAAAUGGAAGUCCAGCCAGGAGGGGGCCUUCCACAGCUAAGAGGAGAGAUGGGAGCUCCGAGGAUGAGGAAGAUAAUGGAGGCAAAGUGGAGGAGGCAGAUAGGGACGUUACAAUGGACUUCUUUAAUCGCAUUGACAGACAAGUGAGAGAGAAGAAACACAACCUCAAGAAGAUUGAGAAAAAUAGCAGUAUUGGGGAGAUUGAAGCCAUGACACCCAACAUUCAGUCUGCCCCUUCACCGUCCCAGAGCUACAGCAGGAUCUCAGAGAGUGGUAAGGCUGCCGGUGAGAGCUACCAACUCAGUGCUGUUACCGUGGCAACAGAAGGCAAUUCCAAACUGGUGGAGACCACACCCCCUGUAGAGGUUGGAGGAACAUCGUCACCCUUGCUAGGAGAUUAUCAUAUACAACAGGAAACUUGCUUAUGAGCAAUAAUUUGUAGACAGGCAAAUUUUGAAUCGUGAUUACUUUGAAAGAGUUUGGUACAAGACACACAUGUUCAAGGUAGUAAGGUGUGGAAAGCGUCCUACUUAAUUCAUCCGUGAACAAUGCUCAACGGGAUCAGUAUCAUCGUCGGGAUUAUCAUCACCAUCAUAUUCAUGGACCGUCAUCAUAACCAUUGUCAUUUCAUCUUCAUCAUCGCCAUCACCACCACCACCAUCAUCAUUGAACCCUACAAAUAUUCGAGACUUUUUGCUAUUACAAUCAUGUUUAUUGAUUAUUUGAUGAUGAGAUAAUCGAAUCGUGACUAAUUGAGAGAAAAUGAGAAAGUCUGAUUUCCAAUAUUCCUUAAAAGAGGUCACUCAUAGCUUGAUGAUAAUCGACGUUCCUCAGAAACCACGCCAUUCAUCGUCAACAUCAUCGCAUCCUUCUACUUUCACGAAACAGAUUUCAUUUAUAUUACAAAUUGGUAAAAUUGGCGUUGUGCCAAAAGCAUAAAAUUUGAAAACAAUCUAAAAAAAAAAUCAGGUACACGUCAAUGGUUUUUAAUAAGAAUUAUCAUUUCUUAUUAAUAUUAAGGUCAAAAUUAAUUAGCGAAUUGGUCUUGGUUAAAUUAUGCUUCAUUUAAUAAUGGUGAUUAUCAACUCAAGUUCUCUCAGUGUAAAAAAUCAAGUAUCGCCAUGUUUCGGAAAGAGAACUUUCAUCAGUGUGUUUCUAAAUUUGGAUAUCUUCCUGUCAGAAUAUAAUAUAUUCUGACAGGAAGAUAUCCAAAUGGCACAUAUUAUGUGCCAUUUUAAACGUUUAAUUAUUUAUGUAUAUCCAGUGCAAUACUUCACCAUACACGUAUAAGCAUAGUUCUACUGAAUUUUAGAUGAGCAUGAAGACAUUAUUUUAGAUAAGAUGUAAUUGUAAAUAGUGUUCAUACAUAUAUUAAACAAAGUUCUGAAAUUAGGGCAAAGAUGACAUCAUCGAUUCUCAGUCUAUUAGAAUUGGAAGUCAAAAGGUGGAUUUUUACAUUUAGAUACAUCCUUAGUGUUUUUAGUUUGAUCACAAAAACCGAAUUCGGUGCCCUAUUUACCAAGUGAAUGCUUCUUGCGUCUCUCAGGGAUGACGCUGCAGUACAGGGGCAAUGGGGCAAUAGUGUACCCCUUCAAAAUAUCCUUGCGCGCUCAGGUGCGCUCCAGUUUUAACAAGAUGUUUAAUUUGAUCUUAUAAUCUUACACACUGCCCUUUAAUUAAAACUAAUCUGCUCAGAAGGUUCCAUUGUUUUACUGACGAUAUACAUAAUGGCAGACAGAAAUUAGUUCUUUCAAAAUGAUGCUCUUAUUAUAUCUAUGUAUUUUUGUGAAGCUAAUGGAAAUCUAUGUCUGUGUAUAAUAUUCUUUUGUUGAGACUUUUCUUUCCGCAUUCAGUUGAAUAUCAUACUUGAACUCAUCUGCUUGAAACGCUUUGUUGCACACCUUUACUGUACAUGCACUCUAAUCUAUUUGAUUUCAUUUUAUUGAAUUUAUACAAAAUACAAAAUGAUUAUCUUUAUAGGCCUAAGCACGUGAAGAAAAAUUGUGAUAUCUUGUUGUAAAAAUGUGUUGAUGUCAUAAUGUACUCCAUUAGAAUAAGAUGCUAACGACUUAGUCUGAAUGGUUCCUUCCAUGAUAAUAUAUAUCGUCUAUUACAUGAACAGAGUAAUAAUAAGCUAAUGUAUGCAUUUUUGGUGAUGUCUCAUCUAAAUAGCUAUGGUAUGAAUAUUAAGAUGGGUUAUGUUUAGUUGCGUUAGAUGAGUAUUUUUGUGUGUCAUUUUUCUGCGCGCCAUUUAGUUAGUACUUAGAAUGAAUCUAUUUUAUUUUUGAUCUGACAACAUAGUGGAAUAAAUAGAACUCGUAAAUUGAAAUGAUAAAGUAACUCUAGUUUUGAUGUACUCAUUUAAUAUUGUUUAUAUCUUAGCCUUAUAUACGUACUUAAUAUUGAUGUCUCAUCAGAUCUUAAUCACACCUAUAUAGGCCCAAAAUUGAUUUGAUUUCUCUUCACAUCAAAAUACCUAGAUUAAUAAUAAGAAAAUAUAUCGGUAAUAAAAUAUAUCAUAUACAUCAAUACAUAUUUUGUGUUAUUGAUAAUGUACAUACCUGACUUGACAUAAAUUAUGUAUGUGAAAGUAAUUCUAUCGAUUUAGUUGUGAUUAUGGUUGUGGAGAAGGAUGAAAUUUGAUUCGCUUAUCUUAUCAUUUUUUUGUAUAUAACAAUCCCAUUACUUGGCCAUUAUGAUGUAUGAUUAACAAAUCAAUUUUAAGUAUAGAAUAUCGACUUGUAAACUCCUAAGUACGGAAUAUUUGUUCGUCAUUGUAUUGAUUAUGUUAUUGUUGACUUAAUAAAAUCUUGGAAAAAAUAUA